AUGCUGCUGCUAUCCAGAAACCGUGCCGCUGCUUCCGCCGCGAGAUCGGCCCUCCGCCCGGCGCCGCUCGCCGGCCGCAGCCUCGGCUCGGCCCUGCCGUCUCGCUCCCCCGUACCGGCCGCCCGUGCCAUCCGCAGGGCGGCGGCGCUGGAGACGCUGCUGCCCCUGCACACGGCGGUGGCCUCGGCGCGCCUCAGGUCCUGCAUCGCCGUCGACUCCGCCUGCUGGAGCCCGCUCUCCCUAGGCCGACCACUGAGUACGUGCUGAGCGCUGUUGGUACUGCCAUGGACAUGUGACUGUUAUUGCGCGUAAUGCGCCUAGGAAUAAAGAGAGCGGAUCAUGUUGACGCUACAAGAUUUAUGAGUCUUUCAAUAAGGAAAUACCUCGUUGUUAUUCCCAGUAGAUUGGACGGAGGGAGUAUACUGUUUUAGAACACCUUGAGGUCUUCUCUUCAUUAAUACUUGUUUUAUUUAGUCAGUAAUUAACAUACAUCGUUUUAGAACCAAGUUGAUAAACAAUCAGUUUUGCUAAAGCACAUCUAGACGUGUCCUAAGUACUGCACAUCUAAGUCCCAUGCCAUUGAUUUUCGUGCAAACAUGUUUUUUUAUAUCUUUUUUUUCCUUUCCAGUAUAAUUGAGCAACUUAGAUGUGCAAUAAUCAGGGCACAUCUAGAUGUGUCCUAGACAGUUCUACUUUGUUUCUGUAAAAGAAAAUGAUCUUUUGGGGUAUUUAUCUAUUGAACGUGGUUGUCAGAGGUUUUCAAAAAACGUUAUAUUGUGGUAGGGAGAGAGUAUGUUGUUAGUUGCACAUACAUAGUUUUAGAGAUUUUGUAUGGUAUACUGUUCUACACAAUGUUAGGUUGAUCCAAUGGUUAGAGCAUCUCCACUCGCCCUCCCAGGCCCCUUUUUUAUCACCGGCUCGAAAAAAAAAGGCACAGUCGCGCCCUUAGGAGCCCAAAUUUCGCCGCUUAGGGCUGAAAUUGGCGCCGGCGGACCGAGGCCGAACCCAGCGCGCUGAGGCCGACCGGGGGAAAGAAAAAAUGCGCCAAAACUUCCCGUGCCAGAUUCCUACC